AUGACACGACCAGAGCUGUGGAACUACAGGUUUGUUGCACUCCGAACGUGGAAGGUAAAGCAGAAAAAGACAACCGUGAGCAGGACGGGGAAGUCUCUCUGCGGUGCCAGGUUGUACGCUGGGGAGCCCCUACCCGGCCGGGCUGACUCAUUCCCAGCCGCCUUCACGGCGGGCGGCGGCCACGCACACGCCCAUCUGCGGAGGGCCCGGCCCAGCUCAAGUUCCCCGCCCGCUCACGCCCAGGGGCCACCGCGGGAAUCUCCGCGCACGCCACGCAGCCUGGGUGGAGCGGCGCACGCGCAGUCCGGGGGAGCGCGCCAGGCGCCGGCCCCGCACCGAGGCGGUCUCUGCAGUGAACCAGACGCCAGGCCCGAGGCCAACUGGGAGGCUGAGUCGGACGUAAAUAGGACGUUCCAGCCAGUGUCGCCUGCGGCGCUGAGAAGACGGUGUGAGUCCGGAGAGGGUGGAGACGACGACUGUGACGGGCUUCCCGGUUGCCCAAAGUGGGAGUGGUGUGGGUUGCAGGAAGGAGAGAGGAAGAGGAGCCGGAGCGGGCCGCAGCGGCCGACGCUAACGGCCUUCCUGAGCGCUGACAGGCUGGGCCCGCGUCCUGCUCGCUCCACAGCGCGCGCCGCCGCCUGGGCCCCUCGACCCCUUGGGUCCGGACUUGGCGGCAGCGCGUCGGAGCGGAGGGCUUCUAUUGCAGCGCAGGGAAAGGCCAAAUCUUCGCCGCCGAGGGAUGUGAGUGAGAGCCGAACCCGCACGGGAGGGCCCCCGAGGUCUCAGCCUGGGGUACACUCGGACCUUUGCCUGCUCCAGGGGCUUCGCAGACCGUGGCCAGCCGGAGGCACCGGGUUUCGGAAGCAGGCAAGGCAACAAGAUGUGAUCUGUUUCUCUUCUUCAGAAGAGGCCCUUCCAUCCCCUUUCCCCGAAGAGAAAACGUCAUCCAAUACUCUUUCUCCUCAAGCAGCAGAAGAUUCUUAAUCUUUGAGGGAGGAACAUUUUCAAGUAAUAAGAGAUACCUAUUGAGAGGACACGUUAGCUGCUCUUGCUGGGGUUUCUGCUACCGCAUAGAAUGCUUCCUGGACAGUUUUAUCUGCUUAAGUUUGCUUGUCGGUUGAAUUUACCCAUUUUGCUUUCCGGUGGUUAUUAAUCUGUCCGGAGGAACUCCUUUUCUCUGAAUGAAAGGAUAGAGGCAGCUGAAUAUGUCAUAGGGGGAGGAGAAAUGUGGAGAAGGAAACUGCAAGUGGGAAUAAGCGAUGACGAUUGGUUUUGGUUUCAUAAUAGGUUUGUACAAGUUGGGCUACUGCAGGUAUUCUGAUGGAACACCCAGAGGAUAUUAAGAUGAAUAAUCAACCUUUUUCCUCCCUUUCCCUUCCCCCUUUACCAUUUUGGGUAUGAGAAUCCCUUGCUCCUGUGUGCAUAUAUCUUUUAAUAUGUAACAUAUCUGCAAACUGGAUGUGUCCAGCAUUUGCCUUAACAUGUAUUUACCGGUACAGGAAAACUACAGUACUUGCUGACUAGAUAAGCAUACAAUGCUUAUUUCUUUCUCUGAGUAUAGGAAGGGAACAUGGUUUUUUUCUCUACUUCAACUGGCUGUUUCUGAAAGAUGAGAUGCUUUUUAGACCAAAUAGGGACGGACCUUAACUUUGGGGUCAGAUCUCGGUUUGAAUUCUGGUGUUCCUGCCUUUUAAUAGUGUUAAUUUAAAAUCUCUUUGAGCCUCACUCUCUUAUAAGAUUGCUGUGGAGAUUGAAUAAAAUUACUCAUGCAAAGUAGUACAUUGCUUGGCCACUGUGAAAGUCAUGGCUAUUGUCCUGACUGGGUAGGCAAAGAAAGGAUGUUAGAAAAGGGCAGGAUGAUUGCAUAAGGUGAUCUGCCAGUGACUAGUGUUUCUUCCUUUUUAGUCUAAGGAGAAAAAGGACUUUCAUAUCUUGAACUGGUUGAGGGGUCUUAGAGCCUUUUUAUGGAAAGGUUUGACCCUUCUCUCUCCUCAUGAAUGCGUUACCCCCUGCAUUUGUGCUGCCACUACCUACUGUUGUGCUGCCCUCUUGUGGUUAACCGGGCUAAUAAUUUUCUUUUGCUCCUCCCCUUUUUUUUCCCUUUUCUUUUCUAUUUAGCCCCCUUCCCUUUGCUCCCAGUUUCUCAAAUUGUGUGCUGGGGUGCCCCAGGGUGCCAUUGAACUCAGGCUUGAACUGAUAAUUUGAGGUAGUUCACAGUUUCAACAUUAGAUUGACACAUUCCUUUCUACAGUGUCAUGUUUUCACAUAGCUGUAUUUUUAAAGGUUGCUCUGAUAAAAAGCGACUACUGUAGGAAAUAGAAUACUGGAAUGUGAUGUUGUCCAGUUUGAUUCCAAGUUUGAGAGUUUGUACAGAGCCCAACAAACACUAAAUUAUAAGGACAUUAAUACUUAAGUGGUUUGACACCACCCCCAUGUAAGUAUUUCUUUUGGUCUGGGGGUGCUAUGAAAAAAUUACUGAGUCUAAGGAUUCCCUAAAUGGAGAAAGUUUGGAAGCCUUUGCCUUAAUUUUUGGUUGGCUUCAGAUUUAAAAAAAAAAAAUUAAUGGAAAAACUGCAUUUUUAAAUGUUGUUCACUAAUUGAUGCCCUUCCCCAGCAAAGUUAUUGAUACAGUUAUUAAUACAAAGUUAGUGCCAGCUGAUCACAGCUUAGGAUGUUUACUUUCCUAUUUAAUAUCUUUAUAGCUACUAUCUAGUUCCUUUAUUUUACAGUGAUCCUAUUGCUUGUCAUUCUGAUUACUUUCUGGUUUCUCUAGUACUGGUUUUCUAUUAGUAUUUUUGACCAUCUCCUUAAACUUAACUUUGCCCCAUCAUCUUUUUAUGCCCCUUUGUAAUUUCCUUCCCUCUGUUGGCCAUACAGACUUUAAAUUAGACAUAAUCUUUAAACUGCCUCUCGUUUAUCUCACAUACUAAUGCAUUCACCAUAUCCUAUUCAUAUUUAUUUUGUCAUCCAUACCUCUGCUUCUCCCACUUUUACUACCUGAAUCCCAGGACUCAUCCUCAGCCUAGAAUAUUGGAAGUCAUAUCAACCCCUUUGAAUCCAGCAUCUCUUCCUUCUAUAAAUACCACUCUGAUACUCCUUUUUGUGGCACUCUCUUGCUCCCAAAUCCUCAGUGGCCUCCCACAUGCCACCUAUUAAGUUGAACUUCUUUUUCCUGGCUUUCAAAAUAUUCUGUCAUCAGUCCCUGCCCUGUUUAUUCAGUUUUGUCUAAGGACCUUCAGCAAGCAUCCUCUGCUCUAGUAUUGCAAGCUGUGUCUCAUACUUCCUAGUAACAGGUAAGCUUAUUCUGUUUUUUAACUUUCACAUGUUUUCCAUCCUUCUUCCAGUAAGUCCGGUUCUACAUCCUAUUGCAUGAGUCACUAGGUGUGGAAUAACUGAGCAGAGCCUCAGUCUCCUCAUCUGAAAACUGAGAAUUGUACUUUUUCUGUAAGCUCGUAGUGAAAAUUACAUGAUACGUGAAAAACCCUCAGGAAUAGGGCCUGGCACAUUAAGGACUCCCAGACGUAAAGUAAACUCCUUUAACAAUAAACUAUUGUCAUAAUUAUACAAUGCUCUGAAUAUAAUAAGCUAUUAUUAUUAAAACAAUUUAUUACCACUACUACUAAGUUAAAAGUUCCACCUCAUUCGUGAAAAUGUUUCUCACUAACUCUUGCUUUUUUCCUCUCUACAGUUCUAUAGUUCUUUUAGUCUUAGCAUAUCAUCAUAUAGUUUAAUUAUAUAUUAUACUUUGGUUGUUUGAUAAUUAUUUCUCUGUUAGCCACAUCUUUUCAAGUUGAUUGUGUAUGAGAAACAAAAUUUAGAUUAAACCCACACACAUACAAACCCACAAUGCUGAGUACAUGGGGAACAUUCAAGAAAUGCUGUGUAUUAAAAAGGUAUUUUAGGCCAUUACCAGACAAAUAUUUAUUCAUAUCUACAACAUAAAGGUACUUUGCUAUAUAUCCAAAAGAGAUGCAGAAAAAUGUAAAGCAGGUUCCUUUCCUUGAGGACUUAUAAUGUAAUAGGGGAGAUAGGCAAAUAAUAAAAGGUACAAAUCUCUGAUACCAUAUAAGGUUGAAGUGAGCAGACAAAGAUCCAGAGAAGAGGUAGAGUCAAAACUGGGCAGAAUUUGAUUUUACAUAAGAGGAAGGAACUUGUAUAGGAAGUAAAGGCAAAAUACGCAGGACAGGCUCAGAGAACAGUACAUAACAAGUUGACUGAAGUGAAGGUUUGUGUGGGAGAGUAGUAAGAAAUCAGGUGAAAAUGUUUGGGAUUAGAUGGAUGGAUGUCUUUAAGUGCAGGGUUAGAAGAAUGUACUUUGAUUCAUAGGUAAUAGACAAGCUUUAAAGGUUUCACAGUGAGAAAGAACUUGCUUAAAAAAGGUAUUUUAAGAAAAUCACAGUGGCACCAGAGCUGGGUAGAGUAUGAGUUGGAAAGAGAAGUGAUAGACCUAGGAAAUCAUCUAGGCCUGGGGUAGUGAGAAUUUGAAUUUAGUAAAAAUAAGACUGGAGAGAUGUCACGCAAGACUUUGUUCUGGACUGGCUAAGGAAGGAAGAUGUAGUGCGGGGAAGGGGAGGAGUAAUCAGAGAUGACUGAAGUUUUGAUCCUCAGUGACGAGAAAUUAGAGUGUUGAGAACAUGUGCAUUAGGAAACCUAGAGAGGUUUAAAAACAUGGCCAAAGACACUCAUUUAGUUGGUGACAAAAAAAAGAACAAGGAUUUAAUUAACGACUGUACUGACAGAAAUAGGUAUGAAAUAUUAGCUAGUUGAUGGGGUACAGACAUCUGGGCUUGUAGUUUGGAUUUGUUGAGUUUGAGGUGACAGUGAGAUAAGCAUGUGCAAACAGAUCACCAGAGAGUGGGACGAUGUGAAUAGAACUUAGUAAAGAAAUGUAAGGCUGAAAUUGUUGUGCUUAGAGAGAAAAGCAGGGGAUCUGAGAUUGAGCCUUGGGAACUGCACAUACUUGGAGAGUGAGUGAAAGAAGAGGAAUUGGCCAAGGCACCAAGACAGAGCAGUUAAUAUGAGAGGCAAGUGAGUGGGAAGGUUAAGAAGGUGGGAGUGGUUAUCAAGUUGAUCAUGGUUGAUCACUGCCAAAAAGUGAGAAGACUCACAAUUGAAAAAGGUCUUAUAAAUGUUUACUGGUGUUUUUAUUAAUAUAAAACCUAGAAAAGCAGAAGAAAGAAGAAAAUUGCUUAUGGUUUUCCCGUGCAGAAGUAACCACUGCUAAUAUUUUGUUCUCUCUAGUGUAACAGACAACCUCUGAAUUUGAUUUUUGGUUGAUUGAUGGAGACUUUUUUUCAAAGCUCUCCAUCCCUGCGACUAAUGAUGAGAAUUUUAGACAUAGUAAAGACCAGAAGGUAUUUUUUGAAAGAAUGUUUGUCAUUUAUCUGUGUCCUCUCAUAUUGUACUACAUAGGCCCCCAUAUUUCUUAUGGGCAUUAUUCCUGCAUUUGUAUUAUCUGAAUGAGUGGACAUUAAGUGGUUAGCAUUAAGAUAUUUAGUGGUCUGUCAGGGUAGACAAAUGACUGUUGGUGCAGUUGUAUUGGUAAGAUCUGAAUAAAAUGCUGCUGCUGCGUCUCUUCAGGCGUGCCCGACCCUGUGUGACCCCAUAGAUGGCAGCCCACAGGUUCCCCCGUCCCUGGGAUUCUCCAGGCAAGAACACUGGAGUGGGUUGCCAUUUCCUUCUCCAAUGCAUGAAAGUGAAAAGUGAAAGUGAAGUCGCUUAGUUGUGUCCGACUCUUAGCGACCCCAUGGACUACAGCCUACCAGGCUCCUCCAUCCAUGGGAUUUUCCAGGCAAGAGUUCUGGAGUGGGUUGCCAUGAUAAGGGUAUUAAUUGCUAAAAGAAAAGAGAAAUUCUUAUAGAUAACUUAGAAUACUGAAGGUAGCAUAUUUUAGGAGUAUUCAGAUUAGGAGAAUUGGAAAAGGUAAAAGGAAGUGUUACCUGUUUUUGAAAACUGUAUGGUAGAGCUACUCUGGAGGUGACUGAGGUAGAUAUAGUCUAUGGGCUAUUUGUUUUGCUUGAAUGCAUAUUUUUAUCUUCCCAAGAACACUCUUCUGCCUUCUUUGUUGAUAUCAGUCCUCGAGAAUGGGGCAUUCAUUAUUGAUUACUAAGUUAUUUUAGUUUAAUAAAUUCUGAUUAUGAAAUAUAAUUCCACUAGGUAAUAUUUUUAUAAUAUAAAAGGUAGUAUCAUGUGAGAAAGUAUACUGUUUUGGAAAUCAAGAUCAAAGACUGAGUGCUGUUAAUAUGGUGUGUGACUUGGAGCAAAUCACAUAAUCAAGUGAGUCUUGUUUUUUCCUCAUUUAGAAAAUGAAGGAGUUUUUAAAAAAUUUAAGUUUAAGAGAUAAAUGGCUUAAAUGUUUGUAACAAAAAAACAGCAGCCCUUUGCCUCUACCCGCUUCUCCCCCCAUCUCUCAUUCAUGUUCAUCAGGAAACCACUUACAAACCUUACGAGGGUGUCUUCUGGUACUUCCCUCUAUUUUCUAAAUAACACAACCUACCAUCAAUAGACCCUCUCCUCCAAUUCUGUAUCUGUGUCUAUACUCUGCCCUUUCCCCCCUUUACAAUGUAUGUGCUGUUCAGUGUCCCAUGUAAGGCUUCUUCAUCUGUUUGGGUAGAGGAACCCAUCCCCUUUUACCUUCAAGGACUUUACCAUUGUAUUUCUUUCUCUUUGUCUUGCAUUCUCCAUUUUUCCUCUACUGGAUCAUUUCCAUUAGUAUGUAUUUUUGUUGCUAUUGCUUUAUGACAAGCCCAUCCGAAAACUUAGUGAAAUAAAAUAGCUGCUUUAUUAGACUCAGAUGUUUUGAGUCAGUACUUAAGAUCAGGCACAUCAGGGAUGGCUUGUUCCUACUCUUCAGUGUCUAGGACAUCAGUUGGGAAGAGCUGCUAGCGGGGGUAAUGUGAAGGCAGAGGACUAGAAUCAUCUGGAGGUAUCUUCACUCACAUGACUGGAAGUUGACACUGGCUGUUUGACUUGAGAUCUCAGCUCAGGCUCUUCACUGGAGCACGUAUCAAUACAUGUGGCUUGGACUUCGUUAAAACAUCAGGGGCUCAGGAUACUUGGCUGUCUUACAUGAUGAGUCAGGGUUUAAAAGUGAGUGUUUCAGUGAACAUGGCGAAGGUAGGGUGAAGAAUAGACUCUGUUAAUCAUGUUAUUGAACUAGGUUCACUUGCCUGAUGUGCAGCAAGACACAUGCUGAGGUAGUAAGUUCGCAGCAGAGAAAAUGUUUACUCACAGGUCACAGCUAAGUGAGGAAACCGGAGAACAAAUCUCAAAUUUGUCUCCCUAAAGGUGAAGGUUUUGAGAUAUUUAAGGGAUAAAGGAGCAGGGUGGUCUGAGGCACGGGGAAGGGUGAUUGGAUGCAGGCAAAAGGUAUAGUGAUUGAAGUUCUCCACGGAACUGAACUACAUGCUUCUUCACGGGGUGCAUGUUCAGAAAUUGGUGGCAUUAGCAUGAUCUGAGGGUGGAGUUUUUAGCCUUCUGAUAUAAAAAGGUGAUGCAUUGGAUACUCAGGUAGGCGUAGUUGAAUUAGACUGGUGGUCUCAGCUGGUUUGAGCUUGUCAAGAUCUAGCUCUGAGUUCCUGAGAAACAACUUAAGCAACCAUUAUUAUAGUGAUUCAUACAUCAAAGGUGUUAUCUAUGAGAAAGCUAUUGGGAGUUUAGAUAUAUUGCUUGGCUAGUGACUGUUAGCUAUAUGGAUUCUUAAAAAAUUUUACUUAAUUAUUUUCGACUGUGCUGGGUCUUUUUUGCUUUGUGCAGGCUUUCUCUAGUUUCAUUGAGUGGGGGCUGCUCUCCAGUUGCAGUGUAAGGGUUUCUCAUUGCCCUGGCUUCUCUUGUUGCAGAGCAUGGGCUCUAGUGCACGUAGGCUUCAGUAAUUGUGGAAUGUGGGCUCCGUAGUUGUGGCUUAUGGGCUCUGGAGCAUGGGCUCAGUAGCUGUGAUGCACAGGCUUAGCCGCCCCACCGCAUGUGGAAUUUUCCCGAACCAGGGAUUGAACCCAUGUCCCUUACGCGGAAAGGUGGAUUCUUAACCACUGGACCACCAGGGAAGUCCUUGAGUUUACUUUUGUGUAUGGUAUUAUGAUGUGUUCUCAUUUCAUCAUGUAAAUUUCAUCAUACAUGUAAAUUCAUCAUGUAAAUUUCAUCAUACAUGUAAAACAUGUAGCUGUCCAGUUUUCCCAGACCACUUAUCGAAGAAACUGUCUUUUCUCCAUUGUGUAUUCUUGCCUCCUUUGUCAUUGAUUAGGUGACAGUAAGUGUGUGUCACCUGGUAGAUAUUUCGUCAGUGUCCAUUUUAUGCUGUGCACUGCAUGUAUUCCUGGAGAGGGAAAUGGCAACCCACUCCAGUAUUCUUGCCUGGAAAAUCCCAUGGACAGAGGAGCCUGUCAGGCUACAAUCUGUGGGGUCACAAAGAGUUGGACACGACUGAGCGACUAAACCACUGCAUAUAUUAUUAAGGAUAAGUCAGUGAAUAUCAUCUUUAAUAUCGUGGUAUUCUCUUGACUAAGUAUACUAAGGAUCCAGAUGUAAAGAGAAGUAUAAUGUGGCAGUGAAAUAAAGGCAUAUACUCAUUGCAGAGAUUGUCUCUUAGGAACAGUUACAGUAACUGUCAAGUAAUUUUUAGAUUUUGUUAUGCCUUUUAAGAGUUUCCUUUUUAAAAAAAAUUUUUUUUUCGAACAUGCUUCCUUGUGGUCAGUUUUUAUAAAUGUUCCAUAUGUGCUCGAAAAAUAUAUUUUAGGUGGAAAGUUGUAAUAUAUUUGUCAUUUUUCUAGUGGAUUGUCUCUUAUCAGUUUAUGGAGCUCUUUGUGUAUUAGAGAUAUUCUUUGAUAAAUGAAUUGCAAAUA